AUGCAAGACCUUCAAAAGUACCACGUUCAAAAUGAAAUCUUCGCUGCCGACAAUUACGAAUACGGGCACAUGACCACGAACGAACUAGUUUUCUGGAUCUUUCAACAAAUCUGCAGAGUUGUCUCAGUAGAAAUCAGGGAUUCGACCAGUUCUUAUAAAACAAAACUUCCGUACGCAACUUCCUUUUUCAAUGACCACACACUAAGAAGUUUUUGUGUUGGAUUCUUCCAGCGACACGAGUAG